CCUUAAAAGCAAGGGAAGAUAAAAAGUCGUACAUGCGGACAUUUUCGGAUAAAUGUAAAAGUAUUCCGAGUAUUAGGGACGAUUUGUACUUCCGUGUCCAGGAAUUGGGAGUAUUUCAAUUGAUUUUGCUAUAAUGUGAUAAAUCGACUUAAAAAGAUGAGCCAGUAUCAGUAUCAAGUUUCCGGUGCAACCGGUGGCGGGGGAUCGUCGUCAGCCGGAACGGUUCUUGGCAGUGAUAAAAAAGACAAGUUAUUGGUGGCUGCCAUAGAUUUUGGAACUACUUUUAGUGGCUAUGCGUUUUCAUUUAAACAUGACUAUCAAGCAGACCCGUCAAAGGUGUCGACCAAUCAAAACUGGGUUGCAGGAUCUAUGGCCCUUGUGUCAUUGAAAGCUCCGACUGUUGUUUUAUUUGACGAGAAUAAAAAAUUCCACAGCUUUGGUUACGAGGCAGAGAAUACAUAUUCAGAAUUAGCUUUAGAUGGUGAACAUCACAAAUGGUAUUUCUUCAAACGCUUCAAAAUGAGACUUCAUGAGAAGAAAAUAACACGGGGCAUAGAGAUUGAUGAUGACAAAGGUAGGAAGAUGAAAGCUAUUGAUGUGUUUGGUGCUGUCAUUAGAUAUCUGAAAGAUCAUUUGCUUGACCUGUUGAAAACAAGAGGAACGGAGGUACAGAACAAAGACAUACACUGGGUUUUGACCGUACCGGCUAUAUGGACAGACUCCGCCAAACAAUUUAUGAGGGAAGCCGCAUAUAAGGCGGAUAUAGAUGGCUCUCAACUAUCAAUAGCUUUAGAACCAGAAGCAGCUAGUUUAUAUUGCCAAAUGAUUCCUACGGACAAGAUACAUGGGUCAGAGGGCGCUAAAUUCGCUGUAGCUAGUCCAGGAACAAAGUACAUGGUUAUUGAUUUAGGAGGCGGUACGGCAGACAUUACAGUACACGAGCGGCAAGCAGAUGGUGGUCUUAAAGAAUUACACAAAGCAAGUGGUGGUGCGUGGGGCGGAACUAAAGUUGACGAGGAGUUCUAUGGCACCCUUCUGAGAAUUAUCGGAGGUCCUGUCUUUCAAAAAUUCAAAGACGACUGUAAAGCUGAUUAUUUAGAUUUGCAACGUGAACUUGAAACGAAAAAACGGACAAUUAAGCCUGACUCGAGUGGUAAAAUAACAAUUAAAGUGCCAGUUGCUAUUUCGACCACUUACAGUGAAGAGAUGGCCGAAAAUGUUACAGAAGCUAUAGAAGGGUCACCUUAUAGAGGUAAAAUAACAUGGCUUUCAGAUAAAAUGAGAAUAGAUGCACAAAUAUUUCAAAAUCUGUUUAAACCGUGUACAGAUAAGAUAGUGGCUCACAUUAAAGAUUUACUGAAAGAACCUGAUGUUCAAGGUACAAACAUAUUUCUGAUGGUUGGUGGAUUUUCAGAAUCAGUAAUGCUUCAGGAUGCAAUCACGAAAGCUCUCCCGAAAAGCAAGGUGAUCAUUCCAGCUGAAGCCGGACUUACAGUUCUAAAAGGCGCUGUUAUAUUUGGCCAUCGACCCGUGGCAAUCACCUCCCGCGUGUCUAAAUACACAUAUGGGAUCAAUAUAUCACCACCAUUUGACCCAUCCAUCCACCCAGAAGAUCACAGGGUGUCUGUGGGCGGUAUAGAUCGUUGUCGGGAUGUCUUCAAGAAGUAUAUCCAUGAAGGCGAGACGGUCAAAGUUGGAGAAGCACGGUCCGGGAAACAUGUCACACUGAAAUCUAACCAGAAAGAAAUGCUGCUAAAAAUAUUUGCCUCGCCAAAGAGGGACCCCAAGUUUGUUGACGAGGAUGACACGGAAUACCUAGGUAAAGUUGUAGUGAAUCUUCCCGACAGCGAAGACAAAAUCAGAGUGGAAGUCAAAAUGAUGUUCGGGGAAACUGAACUAACUGUUGAAGCUAUAGAACUUUCUCAACAUACCAAAUAUAGAGCAUAUUUCGAUUUCCUAUAAGUAAACAUAAAUAUGAAUUGAAACCUGUUCUGGUUUAUGAACUAAUUCUUACAUAUUUAUAUACACUUUAUAUAAUUUGAAACAAUCUAAGGAUAUGAAAUUCUUGGAAGUGUUAACAUUGUAUUAUUAGGCGGAAGUUAAAUUAUGUAUAAUUUCAAUUUGCUAAUUUUGAGGAGAUGUUUGAUUAUAUGUGGGGGUCAUACAAAAAUCUGAUGUUAUUGUGAUACACUUUUAUAUGAUGAAUUAUACAUGUAUAUGAUAUAUAAAAUGAAGCAUGUUUGAAAGGUAUGAAUGCUGAUAACAAUUAAAUUUAACAAACCUAUGUUGAUAAUGUUGUUUUAUCUGUUAUAAGUUCGAUAAACAUUAUGAAUUUAUAAUUAAAUAUGUUUUUUUUGGAA